AGAGAGACCAACGUCACUGUGCUGAAAAGUUUGUUCCCUGUUGUGAUUUUUUACGGAAUACAUAGAAACAGUCUUCAGCCAAAGAUGUCUCUGCAUGACGUGUCGGCGUCGGGUUCGAGGCCGGUGACGGCGGUGGCCUGGGCCUCCAACAGCACCACCUGCCCCCCCACCUUCCACAUGAUCUCCAUGACAGAGGAUGGGGCCACGGCCUGCUUCAAUAGGGGCUUUGGCAGAUCUGGCUACUUCCUCUGCUACAGCAAGGAUCCCACGGGAGGCAUGGUGGUAGCUGACAUCCAGGUGAUCUCGGACCGGGACGUCAUCCCCCACGGAUACUGCUACAUCCCAGAGUUCAUGGAGCCCAAGGCCUCGGUGCUGAAGAAGAAGCGUGUGUGUGCGCGGAUGGUGCCGGUGGACAGCGUCUCUACAGCCGUGCUGGACGUGAGGCUCACUGCCAAGAGCAAAGUUGUGCUGCAGCAAUACACAUGCCUGGGGGAUAUGCAUGGCAUGGUGAUGUGGUGUAAGAAGGGCCCCUUCUCCAGCCCCCAUCCCCAGGCCAAGCCCCGCAGCGUCAGCCUGGACCUCAGACAGCUCUCCCUGGAGGGAGCUGCGCCCGCACAGCCCCUACGACCAUACAACCAGCCUCCUAGCAACCCUCCUCCGGCACCUCCGCGAAUCAGCUGCCGCCGCAGCAAGUUGGAGGAGAAGAGCACUGGGGAGAGUGACACCAGCAACAGCAGCAGCAUCUACGGCAUCACAGCCAUAGAUGGAGUUCCUUUUGCGCUGCACCCAAAAUUUGAGGCACAAACCAACGGAAAGGGGCCAGUAAGCUCUUUGGGAAACAUCCGCAUCAAGUCCAUUCAGGAUAUUGAAAACGAGUAUAACUACACGUUCUCCGUGGAGGAGCAGGCUGCCAAGCGCAUCUCUCCCUCAGCUGUGGCCUCCUAGAGGGACAGACUACUGCAGAUCGGCCACGCCUUGACCUAUAGGACACACACACACACACACACACACACACACACACACACACACACACACACACACACACACACUGCUGUCUUCAACCAGUAGAUCUGACACGCGACCAAUUCGAUGCUUUACAGACACAUGCACACAUUCUGCCAUUCUGAUGCUUACAGACACACAGACACACACACACACACACACACACACACACACACACACACACACACACACACACACACACACACACACACACACAUUCACAGCCUUCGGGCCUUCAACCAGUAGAUCUGACACUCUUGACGUUUGACUUGACACACACACACACACACGUUCCUAGUAUACCAAAGGGAUCACAAACCGUACUUCUUGAGUUCCAUUAGAUGUGUUGAUAGGUCAAGGUACAGUAGGUGGUUAAGAAUGGGCUGGCCCUAGUUUUGUUGUAUACAGAGACACAGAGACAGACACACACACAUUCAGAGCAAACUAUUUUAUAUUUUAUGUUGAUAUUUUUCCUUAUGAUGUGCCUAAUGUUUGCUGUCCAUAUUAGGCAGCUGAACGAUCCAUUGUUUACGCAGUAAGAUCUAUUUGUAAAUAGUACAAAAGCACACACUGACACAAGAACACACAAUGUUUGAAGGAUCUAUAUUAUGUCGUAGUUUUAUUUACAUUUCUGUCUUUUCUUCAUUUUCUCUUCUCUCUCUCUCUCUCUCUCUCUCUCUCUCUCUCUCUCUCUCUCUCUCUCUCUCUGUCUCUCUCUCAUAUAUUUAAAGGGGCUCUAUGUAGGAUAGAAAGUUUAAUUAAUCGCUGUACCGAGUCAGCCGAUGCUUAUUUAAGUCAUUGGUAAGUCAACGAUGACUCUUGUGACCACUUUCACGGUCCGCUGUCAGAGAACCUCAAAUGAAAAUUUUGGCAGAGCGACCUGCUACGAUUGUCGUUGGAAACACUUCUCAUUCGAAAAAUCGCUUGACAUUCCGUAUUCAGAUUUGUAUCCACUGCUGGCAUUCCGUGAUGAAAAACAUUCUGACAGCGAGUUUAUUUAAACAUCAUUUUUUUUCAUGACUGUCUAGAUUUUGAGACAGGCAUGGCAUGGGCACCGCGCAAACUAUGUCAUCCCACAUUGUGCCCCUUUAACGUGUUUAUAUUACUUUUAUUUCAAAAUGAAUGCACUUUUUCCUAAAAUUGUCUAUCACUCUUGCUAUUAAGUUUCCACGCCGUAAGAGCCCUUUUUUAGUUUUUAGCUACUGCAUAACACUGUUUUGGACCAAAAAAAAAGCAGCAUACCGCAAAAAAUGCUGCACCUUUUGGACACGAAAAUUCCAGAAUCCUGCAAACACUCAACUGCAGUGCUGUGCAGUUGUUGUUGUUGUUCGUUAGGGACUAUGGUGGUUCCAGGGAGUAACCUUGGCCUUCCCAUACAGCAUAGCAGUCAUAUUGAUGCAGAUUCCACAAGAUGAUGCCCUUGGCGAAGAGAUACGACAGAUCAAACUAAACAUGUUAUCUAAGCAAUUUAGUGGCAGCCAGAUUAGUUCCGCUGGGAUGCCAUAUUAUUUUACAAGUGAUGUGUAGACCUAGCCUGCACACCGUUACAUUGCCUUACCGGCAUCUUUUAUUUAAAAUAUGUUUUCUAUUCUUUUAUUGUUGUAAGAUGUGUUGUGCUUAUAAGCAUACCUCACAGUCUGUCAUAUUUAAAUGUUGUUUUCUUAUGUAUGGGAUGCAAGGGGUGUGAUGGGUGAUUUGUUACAGUUGAAAUGUAUUUGUAUACAUUUGUAUAUAUAUGUCAGGGGCCUGGUGUAUGUUAUCAAGAAUAUCUUAAGCUGCCUUACUUUUAUACAUGUGUUCUUCCCCUGCUUCCGCUGUUUUUCCAAAUAAAGACUUUUGCGGAAAGGAAAAGAAAUCA